ACACGAAUAGGUCUUGAAAAAAAAAACAAAACUAGAUCUCGUUCCCUGUUUCGUUUUUGACGGAUUUAAAAAUAAAAAGAUGCGCUGGAAAACCCGAGCGAGCACACGUCUUCAUCCAUGAGUGCGAGAUGACAUUGAGGAUACCUUAACAGGACUGUGAGCUUGGCCGUCAUUUGCAGGAAAAUGCAGCUUUGGAUUCCGUAUGUUUUACUAAGUGCAACGUCAGUGUGCACAGUUGAGAUGUCUGGUCGCUAUGGAGAAAUAUGUCAAGGACUGUGUGCCUGUGAGGAGAGAGAGGGGAUUGUCACAGUGAGCUGUGAAAACAGAGGAAUUGCAAGUCUCUCAGACAUAAGCCCAGUGCCCUACUCCCAGUAUCAUCUGCUUCUUACUGGGAAUCUUCUGAAGAAGCUGUCUGCAAAUGAUUUCGCUGAGUACAAAGGACUUACAAUACUACAUCUGGGAAACAAUGAAAUAUCUGAUAUUGAAGCAGGAGCUUUUUAUGGACUACAGGGAUUAAAACGAUUACAUCUCAACAAUAAUAAAAUUGAUGCCUUGAAGGAAGAGCUCUUCUUUGGCCUUGAAAGUCUGGAAUAUUUACAAAUUGAUUACAAUUACGUCACUCAAGUGGAGCCGAAUGCCUUCAGCAGACUUCAGCAUUUGGAGGUUUUGAUUCUAAAUGACAAUUUGAUUUCUAGUCUGCCUGUGAACAUUUUCCAGUACGUCCCACUGACUCACUUAGACUUGCGAGGGAAUCAGCUCAAAGUGCUCCCCUACACGGGUCUGCUGGAGCACAUGAACAGUGUUGUGGAGUUACAGCUGGAGGAGAAUCCCUGGAACUGCUCCUGUGAGUUGAUCGCACUGAAAACCUGGCUGGAAAGCAUAUCCUACACUGCCCUGGUUGGUGACGUCGUGUGUGAGUUCCCCUUUCGACUUCACGGGAGAGACCUUGACGAGGUUUCAAAGCAGGAGUUGUGCCCAAGGAGAGCCAUCGCUGAAUACGAGAUGCCGCCCCUCCCUCAUCUGAGCACUGAUGCAUACUCUAGGACGACGCCAGCUGUGGUUGCAGCCUCCUUCACCUCAUCCGGAAUCGCCAGAUCCUCGUCACGACCGACUAAGGGACCUCGCCAAUCCGCCAAAUUAAAAUCCAGACCCACUGGCCGCGUCCCGCCGAAUAAACCGCAGAAUUACGGUCAGAUUGUGUCGUAUCAGACCAAAUCCCCCGUGCCUUUGGAUUGUCCCACCGUCUGCACCUGCAAUCUGCAAAUUUCCGACCUCGGCCUCAACGUGAACUGUCAGGAGCGAAAAAUUGAACAAAUCUCCGACUUAAAUCCCAAACCCUACAAUCCCAAAAAGAUGUAUCUCACCGGGAAUUACAUCCCUGAGGUACAGAGAUCAGAUUUCAUCGAGGCAACUGGAUUGGAUUUGCUUCAUCUCGGUAACAACCGCAUAGCUCGCGUCCAUGACAGAUCUUUUGGCGAUUUGACAAAUCUUCGAAGACUAUACCUUAACGGGAAUUUGAUCGACCGCCUCACAGCGGACAUGUUUUAUGGCCUAGAGAGCUUACAGUUCCUAUAUCUAGAAUACAACGUGAUUAAAGAAGUGGCGGCCGAUUCGUUUCAGCACGUGCUGAAACUUCAGCUUCUCUUUUUAAACAAUAACCUCUUGAAAACUUUGCCAGUGGGUUCGCUCGAUGGUUUGACACUAGCCAGGCUCAACCUCCGCAACAACCAUCUGCGAUAUCUCCCUGCAAGCGGCGUGCUGGAUCAGCUCCACGCGCUUGUACAAGUGGAUUUGUAUGAGAAUCCCUGGGACUGCUCUUGUAGCAUACUGGAGCUGAAGAUGUGGCUGGAGCAGCUUAGCAUGGGCACAGUCGUUAACAACGUCAUCUGCGGCUCUCCUAAGAGGCUGGCUGGGGAGGAUAUGAGAUACAUUAAGACAACUAGCUUCUGCCCUAAUAACUCUGAUGUACUUGCUUCCAUGAUUCCACCCACCGAAGAAUCUUUUCCUGGCAGCACUAUCACUAUAGAAACCUCUCUGGACUCUGACGCCCAGUACAGCGCCAUCCCUUUAUCUGUCAUGAUUCUUGCCCUUCUCCUCAUUUUCAUUACGUCUGUGUUUGUGGCUGCAGGACUGUUUGUGGCAAUGAAAAAGAAACAGCAGAAGACUCAAAAUGAGCAGAAUAUCUCCAUGAAUGCCUGCAUCAGCUCUCUAAACAUGGAAUACGGCCUGUACAAAAAGGGGUCCAUUCCCAAAGUCAGGACAUCCGCCGGGCAUGUGUACGAGUAUAUCCCACCCCCCACAGAAUCCACAUGCCGAACUACGGCCCCGACUCCGACGGACAGCAAACCGGGCGAUGGUUUUAGGGACUUUGACGAGCUGAGCUGUGCUUUCCUGGGCAACUCGGACGAGGAGGCAGCCAGCAAUGUUAUGAGCUCGGAAUACAGCGCCGCCACGCCAGAACCUCUCAACAAGGCCUCAACCCCUCGCCAAGACGAUCCGUGCUGCUACAGAGACACUACGGAGCCCGACAAGAGCAGAUGUUACAGCGAUACGUUACCCUGCAGGCACGGGGCGCAUUCGUCAACUCGCUUUUCCUCAGACUUUGAUGCGAGGCACCAAUACAUGCCCCCAGAGAAAAUACAACAGACAAUACUGUACUGUACCACACCAAGUACUGUUUACGUUGACCCGAACCGGAGCGAGUACUGGGAGCUGAAAGCAAAGCUCCACAUUGAUCCGGAUUACCUUGAGGUUCUUGAAAAACGAACUACUUUCACACAGUUUUGAAGAAACUCGGCCUCCACGCGGUCGGACAUCGGUGCGAUGUCUCGGGUUUUCAUCAGGAAUAACAAAAUGUAUUUUAAAACAUGAACAGACAAUGGUUUUCUCAACUCAGCACAGUGAAUUAUGAGCUACAGUAUGCACUUCUGCUCGAACAGAAGGGGCUGAUCAAGGAGUGCACCACUCGUUUUAAAAUGUCACUUUAGAUUUGAUCCAUGUGUGGUUUAAAACCUCAGUUUAAAUAUGAACAAACAACCGCAGAUUCAGGGCUCUAAUGACUCAUUCUAUCAUAAAAUUUGUCCCAGGGCUGUAUCAUUGACAGCAAUGCGGGACUGAGCUUUAACUCUCUAAUUAGCUGCAUUUUAUGAGCACUAAUGAACCAUGCAGAUGGUAUGCUCUUGCCCCAAAACAAAUCUUUUUUUCCUUCUUUUGGCAGACAUACAUAUAUAGCUGCCAGUUCUGUCUUUUCAAAUGUUUUCAAAAGGAAACACAUACAUGAGAUCGAGUUUAAAGGAGUUAACUUGUCACUAACUGUGAGGAUGAUCUGCGUUUUUUCUCUGCGUAGACCAGUUAACCGUUUUUAUAUGUGUUAGGAAAACUGUGCCCUAUUGAGUGAAAUGGAGAAAGAAGUAUGAUUAAUCCUCUGGGAUGUGAAUAUUAAAUGUUUUGAAAAAAAAGGAUAAAGCAAUCACUCAAGUCCAAUGUUAUGACAGCAGUAAAUGGUUUGUUUGCAGACUUGGGCGGGAAAUGGGCUUAAUAAAUCGAUAUCAUAAAAUCAUACUGAACCUGCCGAGUGUAUUUAUGCCAGAAAAUCGGCGGUGGUCCAUCAAAACCUCUUCAACGUCAGACCAGCAGCGGUGGUGGUUUAUGAAAGACAUGCCACAUUUUAAACAUGUUGAAAAGUUAUUGUGUUCAGAUAGCCGGUAACUGAAAGAUAAUUACUUUUGUCUGUAGUUUAAACCAGUUUAUUGUUUGUUUUUGUUUUUUUUUUAACAAGUGUAGCUUCCUGUAUUAUACAUAAUUGUGUGUUUUCUUUUCCCCAUUAUACUAUUUUAGAUUAUAAAAAAGAAAGAGUAUGCAAUUUAUUCCUCCAAGCGGAGUACAUCAAAAUACAAUCCUGCAAAUGAUUUGACUUGAAAAAGCUGUUAUAUAUGUAUAUAUUACAUCUGCAGUUGUCUUUGAGUUACAUCAAAUCUAAAUAGAUUCAUAACGUAACAAGAGUCUAAGCGACUCCAAAUUCAGCAUCAUGUCGUAGACCUCCUGGUCCGGUCUGGGGCACACCGUGUCAGUGUCAUGCUUUGUUUGCUAAUGAUGUCUAACAUGCGAAGGGUUCUGCAGAAACCUGAACGGUUACCUGAAACUCAACAAGUGGUUUUAAACAUUUGUCAAAAAGCAGCUGAAAAUGCUUCACUUCUGUGCAGCGUUUUUCUAAUUCCUGUCUAGGGUCAACAAAACACUUUAAAGUGAGGUUUCUUUUCACACGUCACGCAUACAGAUGUUUGUUGUCUACAACACAUCCUCACACCAAGUUACAGUCUUUGAAUAAAACGUGAUUUCAUAACUUAAUAUGCAAGCUUGGACUAAAUCUUGGAUGUUUCUUGUUGUUUCCGCAGCUCGUUCUCAGUCUGAGAGAGCCACAUAUGCUGUUGUUUUCCCCCCUGGUGUCACAUAAAAAG